UUUUUAAGGCUUGGUUUCGGACACAAUAUCAAAAAAAAAAAAAAAAACUAAACACAAAUUUAUAAGCUUGUGAAAAGAUGGGUUUCAAAAGCUCUUCUCUUCUAUGCUUGGCACUUCUCCUUGCAGUCUCUUCUUCCAUUCAUGCAUUUGACAUCACAAAACUGCUAGGUCAAAAUCCAGAUUUUGCCACCUUCAACAAAUACCUCACCGAAACCAAGCUUGCUGAGCCAAUCAACAGCCGCAACACCAUCACCAUCCUCGCCGUUAGCGAUGCCGGUCUUUCUUCCCUUUCCGGGAAAUCUCAACAAUUCAUCAAGGCCUCACUAAGCACCCACGUGAUCCUCGACUUCUUCGAUGAGAAGAAGCUUAUGGAGGCUCAGGGAAGUGGUCAACUCUUGACUACUCUUUACCAAUCCUCAGGUCUCGCCAUGAACCAACAAGGGUUCAUUAAGGUUGCCCUUAUUGGUGAAGGCGAGAUCGCUUUUGGCUCCGCUGUUAACGGUGCUCCUCUUGAUGUUUCCCUUGUAAAGACCGUUGUCUCCCAACCCUACAACAUUUCCAUACUCCAAGUCACAAAACUUAUUGUGGUUCCUGGACUUGAUGCACAAACCCCAGCCUCAUCAGGUAAUGCACAAGCCCCCGCUGCAGCAAAAACUCCAGCGGAGGGUGCAAAGUCACCAGUACCUGCACAAAAUGCUAAGGCUCCAGUAGCAUCAGCCAAGGCUCCUGUGCCGGCUCAAGGAGCUAAGGCCCCAGCUCCGGCACAAAAGGCCAAUGCUGAUGCUCCUACUAGCGGAGCACAAAGCCCUUCUUCGGAGGAAGUGACUGCUCCUUCACCUUCUGAUGUGAGCGCCACAGACUCCCCUGCUGAAGCACCAACAACCACUGAAUCAAGCCCAUCUUUGGCACCUGGUCCUGCAGAUGAUGAGACUGCUGCAGAUGCUUCAACUUCUAGCAGCUCUUCAAGGAUUAUGGUAGGUUUGGUUGGAAGUGUGAUGUGCUUCGCUUCUCUCUUGGCCGUUAUGUAGAGUGAUUCUUAAGAGUCUAUAUAAUUCAAAUGUAAUACAAGAAAAGGAAGGGAAGUUGUUUGAAUAAAGAAAGCACAAACUAUAAGGGAUAUUGUUGAAACUAUUUAUCAAUGACAAACCCUAGCUAGUUUGUUAUAGUAUUUGUGAUAUUUUAAUGCAAAAAUAUAUGAUAUGUUCAUGUGUUGGAUUAAGGAUGCUUUAAACCAUUUUUCUUUUU